UCAAAUCCACGGGCUGGGUCUAAGUGAGAAGCCACCAAAGCAUGAGCUAGAACUGGUUUCUCAGGAAGAGCUUGCAUUCUCAAAGAUCUUUUUAUUUCUUUUUAUUUUUGCUGAGAAGCUAAGUGUCUAUCCUUUUGCAAUUCCUUGUUUUAUUUAAAAGGAAACCAGUGGACUGAAAAUGAGACUCAACAUCGCCAUCUUCUUUGGGGCUCUCUUCGGAGCUUUGGGGGUUCUAUUGUUUUUGGUAGCUUUUGGAUCAGACUAUUGGCUUCUAGCAACGGAAGUGGGAAGGUGCUCAGGUGAACACAAUAUAGAGAAUAUCACUUUCCACCAUGAAGGAUUCUUCUGGAGGUGUUGGUUUAAUGGGAUUGUGGAAGAGAACAACUCCAACAUCUGGAAGUUCUGGUACACCAAUCAGCCACCGUCCAAGAACUGCACACAUGCUUACCUGUCACCAUACCCCUUCAUGAGAGGCGAGCACAACUCAACCUCCUAUGACUCUGCCAUUAUUUACCGUGGCUUCUGGGCAGUCCUGAUGCUCCUGGGUGUGGUCGCGGUGGUGACCGCCAGCUUUCUGAUCAUCUGUGCGGCCCCCUUCGCCAGCCACCUUCUCUAUAAAGCCGGGGGAGGCUCCUACAUCGCUGCAGGUGUCCUGUUUUCCCUGGUGGUGAUGCUGUAUGUCAUCUGGGUGCAGGCGGUGGCCGACAUGGAGAGCUACACAAACACGAAAAUGAAAGACUGCCUGGAGUUCACCCCUUCCGUCCUGUACGGUUGGUCCUUUUUCCUGGCUCCAGCUGGGAUUUUUUUUUCUCUGCUGGCUGGGUUGCUCUUUCUACUUAUUGGACGGCAUAUUCAGAUACAUCACUAAUCCAACGGUGGUCACCAGCAUUUUUCAAGAGAUUUUUAAAACAGAGCUUAUUUUUUUUUUUUCAUUCUGUCUCAAUGGAAUCAGCAUAACAUUAGUUGAUGUACCUUUUGUUAUCUUGAAGGAAUCAUUUUACUUGUUCUUUCCUCUGUAAGAAGGUUCUGGAAUUUCUCUGAAUACCAACAUGUUUCCCUUGUUUUGAAGUGCUAGCAAGGACUUAAUCUCUAGGGAGCAGGGAAAGAGGCCUCCCUCUCAUUUUGUAUUUUGGAGUUCAUGGAGAUUGCAAGGGUCUGGUAAUAGCAUAUGAGGCCCUUAUGUGGUCAAAUCAAGGUUGGUUUUAAAUCUCCUCGUUGACAUUCUCUUCUGCCACUGAUUAAAAAAAAUCUUAGGAGAAUAAUGAAGGAUGGAAAACAAGUGUUGUCAGAAAGUAUAUUUUGUGUCUUCUCCACCCACGUACGUAUCCAUGUACACAUUGACAGACUCCUGUAAGCAAAUUAUUCACUACUUAAAAAUAGACCACAGUUGUUCUUGCUAACAGGAGCCAGGGACUCCUAAGUUAAAAUGGGCAGUAGCAAAUAAAACUGAGAAUGUUUAUUCUACUUUAUUACCAACAAUAGUUUGAUCACCUAAUUUUAUUCUCUUACACAAACCUUAAACUACAUUUAAAAGCAGUAAAUCUUCAUGCCACCUUCUAUAUCAUGCAGUCGAGAAUUUUAUGAGUUUAAAGGGGGUUAAUUGUGUAAUGUAAUAUGGUUUAAAAUAGGUAAAAAUCAAGCACCUCAGCUUAGUACAUAAUUCUAUUUGAUAUUUUAAAAUUCCAACUUAAAAAUUAUAUUGCUAAGAUGUUCUGCCUAUGAAAAUUUAUUGAUGAAACAUGCCUUUAAUAUUCUCUAGCUAUAAAGUUUCAAAAUACUUCCAUAUGAGGGUUAUAAUAGUCUCAUGUUAUGAAAGAACAUGAAGUAUUAACUUUCCCCCCAAUUUUAUGGGUUCCAGUUCUUCUGCUCAUUUGAUGUCCUUAAUUCUUGCCCCUCAAUUUCUUCAUCUUCGCAAGAGGUGUGUUAACAUUUACAGAUCUGCAAUUUUCUUUAACCUCCUGGAAGAAAAGGAAUAAUUUCUUGUUAUUCACUAGCACAGACAUUUGCAUAUCAAAGAUGCUUGUUUGGCUCAGAUGUUGAUUGAAAUCGAACCCAUCUGAGGGGCACAGGUUGUGUUUUCAUUCUGGAAGCUUCCUCGAAGGAGAAAUUUGGUGUUGGCAAAGGAACGGAGGAGCAGCAUAGUUCAAGAGCUUUGUUGGAAGCUCCGAGCUUCAUUCUGCAGCUGGGGCAAAAGUGGGACUCAGGCAGAGGAACGCCACCUGGACGAUGCUUUGGGAAGGACAGACUUUCUCUUCGCAUCCAGCUGUUGCUUCAAUGGAGAGUCUUCGCCAGCCCUUUCUGUUCAUCAUACACACUCCAUCAUUACGCCUGUUUCCAUGAGAGGGAACUUUGGAGGAAUAGCAGAGGUCUGAGCUAUCUACAGACUCGGGAGGGCAUUUUAGUAACAGGACUUGCCUGUAAUAAUAAUAACUUUUUAAAACUCUGGGAGUUUAACUGGUUUCUCAAGUCAUUUUUUUUUCCCCAUUUAAAACACUAAGUUUCUCAAUGAUAUCAUAAAUGUGUUUUGGGUGGUACUUUCCUUUGUCUUCUUCUAUUUUGUUUUUAUAUUGCCGCAUUUACUUCUUGGCUUUUUUGACUUGAUUAUCAGAAAAUUAACUAUGGGUUCUGUUAUGUGUAUUGCCGGUGAUAUAAUGGCAUGCCAUUAGGUUUUCCCGAAGAUGCUGAGAUGUGUUCAAUUAGUUCGUGUCAUUUGAAAAUACAGUUCCUUUUCAUAGAACUGUGGAGUGAAACGUUUUUCUGGAGUCCUGUAUGCAAUUUAGAGUUCAUGUACAAUCUACUUUCAGUAAAGAUUUGAAUGUUUGUAAAUUUCAGACGAUUA